CACGGCACAAAGCCAGCACCCCCACAUUCGUUUUGCAGCCAAAACGAUGAAUGUCUUCCAGCUCGGCGCCUAGACGCCAUCGCUAAGACAAAUCGCGACGCGUACUGAAGCUAAGCAGCCAAUGGAGCCGGCAGCCAGCGAGGCUGACCCGGCGCGCCCGGCGGCCGAGGGCGCGAAGCGACUGCCGCCCGGGCGCGCGAAGCAGACCGAGAAGUCCUCGCUGCUCGCCGCAGCCCAGGGCCGCAAAGGCGACGACGCCGCGCCCACCGCGACCGCGAAACCGACACAAGGCCUCGCCGCGACCUUCGCGCUCUUCGUCAUCUCGAGUUUGGGCAACCGCCUCUUCCAGAAGCUCCAGACGAUCCCCAUGUACAACUACCCCAUCACGGUGAACAUCGUGUCGACCGCCGUUUAUGUGCCGGUAUGUUUUGCGUAUAUAAUACCUGCAUCGUUGUGUCUCAAUCCCUCACCGAUCACCGCCGAGGAGCAGGCCAUCCCGAAAUCAGUGUUUGCGGUCAUGGGCGCCUUAGAUUGUCUCUCUUCAGUGAUGCUGGUGUUGGCAGUCAAUUAUGUACCUAAUGCCUCUACCUUAGUACUGUUGCAGCAGGCGGCCAUACCUAUAAGCAUGGUCAUUUCCGCGCUGGCGUUCGUCGGCGUGCGGUACGAUCGCUUCCAAAUUAUUGGUGCUGGUGUAGUGUUAUUGGGCAUUGGCGUCGUGCUCUCGCCACAACUUGAAACAUCAGAUUCGGAAGCGUCCUCGGGUACGGUGUUGUGGUCCCUCGUCACGGUCGCGGCCUGCGUGCCCAUGUGCCUCUCGUCAGUAUAUAAGGAGAAAGCAUUAGGGGAACAAGACGUGGGCGUUAUUUUUCUCAACGGGUGGGUUGCAGUUUUUCAGACGGUCAUGUCGUUACCGCUGGCCAUCCCGAGCGCCUGGGCGACGCAUCUCCCGCUGUCGGAGCUGCCGGAUAAUGUGGUCGACGGGUUUUCGUGUGUGCGGGGGAUUGGGUCCGUGGGAGUCGUGCAGCCGGAACCGGGGUUGACCUAUGACGACGACGACUUGUUCGCCUCCAAUCCAUCAGGGUAUGAUUUGCUGAACCCCAACGUCGAUACUCGUCGACCGGACGACUGCGCGACGGCGCCGGCAUAUGUGACGUUGUAUAUCAUCUUCAAUCUGCUCUAUAACGUCGCUACUAUUUUAAUGCUGAAGCAGGGCGGCUCCAAUGUGUUAUAUUUAGCUUCUACGGUCCUCGUACCGAUCUCGAACGUCAUGUUUGCCUUACCUUGCAUGCCCCAGCACCAGCCCGUCCAUACCACCGAUGUUUAUGGGUUACUUGUUAUCAUGCUCGGAUUAACAUUGUAUCGAGCCGGGCAACAGAUCGCUUCCAGACUGUCAGAACGGUGGUGUUCUCUCCAACGCAGACCGAGGAUCUAUUCCGACCUCGAAGGCGACGUACCAACUCCUAUACUGAGAGAAGUUGCUCAAUCCCCCGGAGUGUUCCGGAGGGCUCGGACGGACGCCGCCCGUACUUUUAGAGCCGACCAGCUCGAGAUGCUGCAGCCCAUUUACGAGCAGCAGGAGCGACAGGCUCGGCGACGCCUCGUGAAGACGAACGCCCAGAUCCGCCAUACGCUUCUCAGGAGGCUGGGCUUCUCGCCGGACACGCAGGGCGUGCCCAUUCCUGGGUCGCGACGGCAGUCGCCGGGCGACUGGCGGCGCACGACGGGGCGGUCGCCGCCGCUACCGCCGUCGGGCUUCGUGCCUUUG